UUAUUUACUAUUUGAUACGCGUACUAAGUGCUCGGUGUAAACUAGGUCAGUACUGAAAUCUAUAGUUUACGUUACAUAUAGGGUGCGUUCUUAAAUUCGCAACGGAUGCAGCCAGAUACAUCAGAAUGUCAUUCCAUCUUUGUUACUUACGGAAAGUUGAACAAAGAUAGAAUAACACUCCAGUGCAUCCGUUGCGAAUUUAAAAACGCAUCCAUACUGUAGAUUUUCAGCACUGACAGUAAAUAUCGGAAGUAAAUAUCGCAGCCAAUAUUUUUUCUCAUUCUAACUUAUUACAUCAGUGCAUCAGUGCAACUAGAAAGAACAGACCAAAGGACAGGCCAAUGAUCAUAGAGUGUAUGUGGUCACCGAGCGUACGCACAUGGUCGCGGAGCAUGUUUAUGAUGUUACGUUUCGUCGGUAUGACAGGUUUCAUAACCUAAAUAUUCGUCAACUUUAACUAUUAAUAUCUUGAGAUAUUUGAGGUGAUGUGUUUAAACUAAAUAAUUAUCGAAAUUUGUAACAAUUAAAGUGCUGUGCUUUAUGUUUUUGAAAUUAAAUUUGCAUUUUAUUAAAUAUAUAUUGUGUGAUUGUCACAAGUAAGGUGAAUUGGUAUUCACAACUGUAUUAAUUUAAAUAAUAUUGAAGAAGUGGCAACAGGAAUUACAAAAGGAUCCAUGCAGUUACAAUACAUGGGAUUCAUUUCAGCAUGAGAUUAUCAUUAUUGUCUCCGCUAUCUGAAUCUUGUGCAAUGUAACGAAAUCAUCAACAUUGCAGCUUGACUAAUCAUUUGUAUUUAUUGAAGAAAAAAUAUAACUCUUUUUUGAAACAUAUGUUUAGAUAAUCAUAUUUGUUUUUAAUUUGUCUUGUAUAUUUGUAAUUCAGUGAAUGGGUGUAAAGUGUUAUGUUAUAUAUUGUGUAUAAUUCCAAAAUUUAAUCAAAUUUAUGUAAUUUUAUUUUUUAAUGUUGCUGAUAUAACUUAGUUUAUGACUAUACUUUAUUUUGCGAAGAGAAUUGUGUAGAUAAAACUGUAUGGAAUGCCGUUACAAAAAAUGAAGAAUAUUUUAACAGGAAUGAAUUGUUAUUACUGAAACAUAAUUAUUAAUUCUUUUCAAAACUUACUCGAUUUUAAUUAUGAAAGCAACACCUUUAUAUUUUAAUUUUAUCAAAAAAUUUCUGUGUAUUAAAGUUAUAUUUUUAAAACAUAUGUAUGUGUAUGCUUAUUGCACAAAGUGUUUGUUUUGCAAGAUGUAAAAUUAGCAAAAUGUAAAAUGAUAUCAGGAAAGUAAUGGAUGGAAUGCAGUUACAAAAUAUGAAAUAUGUGUCAACAGGCAUAAACUCCUGUUGCUGAAUUUGAUCUUCAUGACAGGUAACGUAAUUAAUUCUCUUUAAUUUUACUUACUUUUUCAAGUUAUAUUUUUAACAUAUGUAUGUUUUGCUUAUUUUACAAAGUGAAAGAGUGCAUUGUUAUAUACUUCUUGCAUUACAUUAUUAACUCCUUGUUGAGACCAAUACAAGUUCUAAUACUAUGAAUGCAACUAAUCUGACAGAUUAACUAGCCAAAUCUUGAUAUUUCAUGUUUAAAAAGAAAUUAGUAUGAAAGCGUAAGAUAUUGUAUGAUUCAAUGUUCUCGGGUUGAGGCUUUCUAAAUUAGAUUAUAUCAAUACUACUGUGAACAAGUGCUGUUUGCAUGGUUAUUACGACAUUAAAGUAAUCUAUAAAUAUUAAAAAUUUCAAUGUUUAACUUGGGAAAAUUCAUGAAAAAAAUUUUAUUGAAUCUAUGUCUUUCAAUGUGCUAUUUUGCACGGUUAUGCAUUUUACUUACGAGUUGUCCAGGGUAUAUACAAUUAAGUAAAAUGGUUUAAUUAAUUGGACUAAGUUAAAUUUUUAAAUUACUAUUAUUUUUGUAAAUUGUAUUAUUUUAUAUCGUGUUUAAAAUUUUUUUUAAUGUAUGCUUGCUACAUUAAUUAUAUGAUUAAAAUUAUGUAAAUAAAUAAAAUUCCUAACAAAUCACAUGUCACUGUAAAAUGAUAUUGUGUCAUGGAAAUCAUCAUUUCUUAGUUAAUUAUUUAUGUAUACUUACUAAUAUGUUAUAUUUAAAAAAAUGUGUUUAUGUAUAUGUAUAUGUAUAUGUUAGAUAGUUAAUUUACUCAGUUAAUCAUCAACAUUAUGUAUCCAUGUAUGAAAUUUUGUAAUGUCGUUGUAAUUAUCAAUCUGUAAUUAUUUGUUUAUACAUAUGUAAUAAGUUGUAUUUCAAAAAUAUUAGUCAUGUAUGGAUCAGAGAGUCAAUGUACUCUAACGUAUACAAUAAUAUAUGGUAAUUAACCAUAUAUUAAAUAUACCCUUGUAAUGUCGUCAAAAUUAUUGAUCUAUAGUUAUUUGUUUAUAUAUACGUAUCAACAAGUUAUAUUUCAAAAAUAUUGAUUAUGUAUGCAUCAAAGAGUAAAUGUACUCUAAUGUAUGCAAUAAUAUAUGGUAUCUAGCUGGUAGUUAACCAUAUAUAUUAGGUAUAACCUCGUGAUGUCGUUGAAAUCAUCCAUCUGUAAUUAUUUGUUUAUACAUAUGCACUAAUAAGUUGUAUUUCAAAAAUAUUAGUCAUGUAUGCAUCAGAGAGUCAAUGUACUCUAAUGUAUGCAAUAAUAUAUGGUAAUUAACCAUAUAUUAAAUAUACCCUUGUAAUGUCGUCAAAAUCAUUGAUCUAUAGUUAUUUGCUUAUACAUACGCACCAACAAGUUAUAUUUCAAAAAUAUUGGUUAUGUGUGAAUCACAGAGUAAAUGUACUCUAAUGUAUGCAAUAAUAUAUGGUAGUUUCUAGAUGUCGUCAAAAUCAUCAAUUGCCAAAUAUAUAUACGUAUGUACAUACAUACGUAGAGACAUAAUCACAAAGUAAUAUUCCCUUCUCUCUCUCUCUCUCUCUCUCUCUCUCCCUCUCUCUCUCUCCUCUCUCUCUCUCUCUCUCUCUCUCUCUCUCUCUCUCUCCCCAUCUCUCACCCUCCCUCUCUCUCUUAAUUUGACAAUAACACUCUUUCUAAUCUAGUAUACAUUAUUAUAAUUUAUGUACAUGUGUAAAUGACUUACUUUAUUUUAUUUUUCUUCUUACUCUUCUUUCUUAUUUUUUCUUAACUAUUUCUAAUAUUCUUGCUCUGGUUUAAUUUCAAAUAAACUGUUUCUUUUUCUUUUAAACUAAAAAUAAAACGUGACACAAAGUAUAAACUUAUCUCAGAAUACUUAUUUUAAGAAAUAAAAGUUUUGGGGAAUAUACUUAUCUGAUUAUACAAAGCACAGUACGUUAUACUAAUCACCACAACUCGGUACAGCCAUAUUUCCCUUCACGAUAUAAUAUACGUACAGAAACACAAAGCUGACUCACUAUAUAUUAAUCUUGCGCGCGUCAUUAACUAUGAACUGCCACAUCAUUGCUGUGAAAGUCGUCGCGGACUCGACCGAUCAAUUACACGAAAAAGAAAUGAUAAAACGCGUACUUCACGGGUCUACACGACUUUUCUAAUAAGAGAUUAUUAUUAAUCGUACAAUUUAUAAUACUUGAUAUUUAUUUAUUUUUUACUCUCGCAAAGCAAUCAUACUACGAAUGACAUGAUUUAUCAUCAUAUCAAUAUGCAGUAUAUAUUUUAUAAAAAACUGUCGCUCGUAAAUCUUAGAAGAGCCCUCUCGUGUUGACUUCGUGUAUUCGACAAAGAUCGACGACGUAUUUUAAAUGAAAAAUUUACAUUUUGGAUUUUGCGUCGCUAUAUCUCCGCUCGUAGAGCACGUAGAAAAAAAAUACAAACAUUUUUUUUAUAAAUCAAACUUAAGCUUUUGAUUGAACAUAAUUAGAACUCGAUCGAUUAAAUCAUUAUUGAGAUCUGAUAAUCUUAGGUGCUCGCAAGUCGCGUACUCGCGUAAAUGUACGGUGGUCUCGCGCUGCGCGUUCACUUAGCGUGUCUCUUUCCACUCGGCAUGUAAUGUUUCUAAAAUAUUUUAUUUGAAAUGUUACACUGUAUACAGUAAUAUCACAGAAAUAUUUCACGACUAUUUCUGCAACACUUCUGCAAUGUUUCAAUGUCCGCGAUCAUUUCAAGUGCAAUCUUUUUGAAAGAUUUUAGUAAUAUUACUGAAAUAUUUCUGAAACAUAUCUAUGCAGAUAGCAGAAACAUUUCAGAAAAUAUCUUAAAUACAUUUUAUCCAAGAAAUUGCAGACAUUCAUAUCUUAUUCUGACAUGGUUUUUUAUUUAUAAAAAAUGUAUAUCUAAUUCCGUUACAUUUAUCUGCUUUAGGGUUUGUUAUGUUCAUAUGAGUGAUUUUAUGUUACGUCACAGCGAGACGUGCAAGAGACGUAUUAUAUUUUCUACAACUUUAUGAUCAAAAUAUACCAUAUUUCUAUUACAAACGGUAUAAACAAACAGGAAUAUUAUUUUAAUAUUUUGCAGAGAAAGAACAAAAAUACACAUUUGCUCUAUCGAUUCUAACAAUAAAAAAUCUCAUUAGAAUCCGAAGGACAUUUGAAUGAGAGAUGUCCAUCUAUAUCAUCGCUUACAUCGAUCUGAUGCUUGGAUAUUUGACAGAAAAUUUGCUUUUUUAACAAGCAUAACAAAAAGAAGAAAUGAAAAAAGAAAUAUAGGCAAAUUUUAAGUUUUCUGGAUGAGUCAAUAUUCACCAUUUCGCAAUGACAAUCAAUUUUACUUUAAUUAUUUUGUUUUUGAGUUGCUAAAUGAUUUACAAUACUCAUUCCUCAAUUUUACAUGACCAUGGAACAUUGAAUACUAAUUUUUCAGUGUUAUGGAUAUACAGUAUUAAAUGUACAUAGUAUGUACGUACAUGCUAACUUGUCAAAAUGCAAUAAAAUAUUACUUGGAACGCUAACAAUAAUGCCUUUGUGCUACGAUUAAUACUCUAUGUUUUUAUUCAAGCAUCACGCCCGCGAUUUUUAUCUGUUGUAGCACGACAGUCUUCCUUUAACUAUAUAUAUAUUUUAAUUAUGUAUGUCGACAUGAAUUGUAUAAAACUUACUUCUUUCCUACUUUCUAAUGUUUAUCAUUGUUUGUGAAACAGAACGCUUACAUUGAUACGGUUUAAAACUUAAAAAAAAAACAGCAUCCGCCAAUCAUUAUGUCAUCGACAAUAUUAUUUUAUUUAUUAAUGUUAAUGUUAUCAAUGUUAACAAUGACAAAGCCUACAACAGACAAAGCAUAUAAAAUCACGAUAAGAAACCACAAAUCGAAAUCAGCCGAAAGUGAAAAUUUGAAAAUUAUUUUGAAUUAUGUUCGUGGCAAGCAAAAAUUUUAUCCGUCAAUAUUUUCUCUUGUUUCUUUGGACAGUCGAUCUAGCCUCAUAGACCUUUUGUCUAAGUACGUAACGAAUGAAUCUAUUGUUAACUACAAGACAAACGACUUCUCACGAAACUAUACGUGGCAUAGUCGCAUCGAUCUUACGUGGAUUUUUAUCAUCGACAGUAUGAACAUCUUCAAUUCCUUUGUGCAUGAACAAAGCCAUAUCUGGAAGUCUACCAAUCAAUACCUAGUAAUUGUCACUAUGCCAAAUACAACUUUGUCGCGGAUGAUAUUUCAAAUAAUUUGGAAGACCUACGGUGUUUAUAGGGUCAUUAUUAUAUCAAUAAAAGACGAUUUUCGAUGCCUGAGCAGAUACUUACCAUUUGAAAAGAAUUGGCGAAAUGAAUAUGGCGUCGUACAUAAGAUUUGUUUAAUGAAUCAAGAAGAUACCGUCGAGCUCUACACCAACUUUAACAAAUUGAACGGAUAUCCUGUACGCGUGGUAGUAUUUCCAUCUCUGAUGAUGAAAAUUGCGUCCGACGAAAACGUGACGAAUUCCAAAUUUAGUGGAGUGGACGCUAACGCGAUGUUGCUAUUGGAACGAGUAAUGGGAGCACGAUUUCACGUUUACGUUUCUCACAAUCUCCGUAAUUCCACUAACGAGGAAGGCCAUUACGGAGAUCCGUUUUAUCGCACUCUUCGAUACAUCGAGAAUGGUGAGUCAGAGAUGAUCAUUAUCAGUUUCUUUACUCACCGAUAUAAAGAAUAUCAAAAAUACGAAUUUACAGCUAGCAUUUAUGAGGACAAGCUGUGUCUAAUUGCACCUACGGCAAGUUUCGUACCGAAAUCAUAUAUGCCAAUAAUGUCAUUCGCGCCUGAUCUGUGGGUCGCUCUUGCGAUAUACAAUGUUCUCGUGUCCGUUCUAUGGUUUCUCAUCAAAUAUUACAGCGUGUCGUUUCGUCGGCAGAGCGCCGUUCUUCUUCCUCUGACAAGAACAAUGAACAAUAAUGAUCUCUCACGACGAUCAAAUCUACCUUUGAAAAUACAUCCUUACAUUUUGUCAUGUUUUGAUCUCUUGGAAACUUCAUGUUAUCCAUUAAAAGAGAAUGGUAAUAGUGGUGUCAGCAACACGACAAUCGCUCAAAGAGUCUUCUUGAUUGGCACGCUUUUCUUUGGACUCAUUAUCAUCGGUCUUUAUCAAAGUUGCCUCAUGUCUAGUUUGAGUGAUCCCUUUCAUUAUCCUGAACUGAAUACCUUGGAGGAUGUCGCAUCCUCGAAUCUCACCAUCAUUACCAAGUACUACAACUUGAAAGAGAACACGUUCACGGGUAAUACCACUCUGGAUAAUAAAUUACGUAGCAAGAUGAAGGUGUUUGUCUCCAAAGAACAUACAUACGAUGUCGUGGCCUUUGGCAGGAAAACAAUUGCUAUCAAUCGUUACGCUUCGGUCAAGCUGGGUAAUUUGUCGAAGUAUUAUGAUAUAGACGGCAACAAACUGCUCCACAUAGUUGAAGAAUGCCCAACCACUUAUUUGUUGUCGUACGUUAUAAAACUUCACUCACCGUAUCGAGAGAGAAUCAACGGAUUACUACUACGGAUGCAAGAAGCAGGUCUUAUUCAUUUGUGGUACGAGCGCAUGGCUAAUCCAUUGUACAUAACCGAGCAGAGAAGAAGAAUGAACAAGAGCGAAAGGAAAGUCAAACUGACCAUGGAACAUUUCUCUCUCACUUUUGUCGGGUUUACAGCCGGUUUACUUUUUUGUACCAUCGUAUUCCUCGUGGAACUCUAUUUCGCCAAGUUUCAAUCGCCUUAAAAGUCAAAAUCAGUUUCACGUUAUUUUACACUGGUGCACACAGAGAUCGUGACACAUGGCUCUUACUUUCAAUCACGUUGUUUCCACGUUUUUUCCUUUAUCACUUUACAAAACUUUUGGUACAAAACUAAAAGGUAACACUAUCUAGGCAUUUUCAAAAAAUAAAUUUGUUAUGUAGUAUAUUAUAGUCUGAAAAAUAAUACAUGUAUAUUAAAUUUGAUUUUGAAAUCGGAAAGAAGAAAAUGAAGUUUAAAGAGAAUAUAAUAGAGCAUCAUGGUAUUGAUGGUUCAAACGGCUCAGUAAACCUAAUAUCUGCAAAGAGAUGUGCACUGUAUAAAUGUGAAUCCUUUAUACUUAUAUUUCCUUUAUACUUGUAAAUAGCUCAAAUAAAAUUUUGACCGUUAUUUUAUGCAUAGUCCGGAUGCGUCAGUAUUUAUAAACACGCCAAACAUUAAGCAAUUUGUAUGUUUUUUUAGAUUGUUUCUUGCAUAAAAGUGUUUUGAUUUUAUAUUAAUAAUAUUUUCUAGAAUGGAGCAAAUAAAGAAGUGUUAGAUAUGCCAAUAAGCUAAGAAAACAGUAAUUUUUGUUUCUUGGCGAAUAAGACGCGCGUUAAGUAUGUCGAGCACAGUUUGACGUAAGCUGCAAGAACUGCGUAGAACUUCAAAAUAGUUAAAAAAGAGGCAGAGAAGACUGAAGUUAAUGUGGAAGAACAGCUGUAUGGGCAAAUUAAUACUAAUGCAAUCUUUUUUUGUUUUUUAUACUAAAAAUUAUUACAAAAACUUUAAACUAGUUUUUUUCAAAAUAAUAUUUUUUAAAAUAAUGUGCAACCUAACGUUGCCAAUUUACAUUAGAUCAGCUUAAAAUUUUAACCAGAUUCUUUAUUUUAACAUUCUUCAAGACGCUACGUAGAAUUUUUGCGAUAUAUUAAAAAUUCUUAUUGUCACCGCUUUUUUUAUUCAAAGGAGGAGAAUCUAUAAGGCCCCUUUAGAUUCUCUAAUUGGUUCAAAUUUUGCGGAAAUAAUCUCCACAAAGGUCUUUAUAAUUUUCUCAAACCAUUUAUUAAAACAACGCUUCUAUUCAGAGAACGAGGCAUCCAAAGUUUUAGAUUUUAUAGGGAAUUUCGUAUAUUUGCAGAUUGUUUAUCGUAAUUCACCCUGUUGUUGAUUAAUCCCAAUCACUAGACUUUCUCAAAAAUUUUGUAUAGGUAUGAAAUUCAAUGUUGGCUAUUUAGAUUCUAUCAGUGAUAUACGAUUAUUUUUAAAAAGUUCAGAUAUUUAUCACAAAAUUGAAGAAAAUCAAAAAAGAUUCCUCCAGAUCAUUUCAUCGUUGGUGAUACACGAUAAAUUGUGUUUCAUCCUAUAUAGAAAGAGAAAGAUUAACGCUCAAAGAAAUUAUAACCACUUACUAUUUAAAAUGUGUCAAACUGUUUUGCGUUGCUAUUUGGUUGUUAUCGAAGACUAAAGUUUCUCGAUAUAAAUUAAACCGACUUAAUUCCAACAACAGUUCUGCACGUGUAAUGUAUAAAGAAAGGGCCGCAAAGUGUGCGUGCGUGCGUGUUUUUUUAAGGAAAAUACCAUUAUGUUACAUAAAUCCAAGUAAUAAUAUUUUUAUUUUACACCGCUCUUAUUUUUUACACAAUACAAAAUAAAUGUAAAUGUGUAAAAUCAUAAUAAAUUGCUUUUCUAAAUAAAAAAACAAAAAAUUAAUUUUUUUUUAAAUUAAUAUGAAAUAAAUGCGCCAAACUACCCAAUUAGCAAAAUAAUGUUUAAAAAAUAUUUUUUUAAUGUUUAAAAAAUAUUUUUAAAAACAUUUGAAAAAACAUUUAAGUAAUAUGAUGUUUUGCGAUAUCAGCGCGAAUAUUUUGCUAUCCAUGCUACGUUUGGGUUUAUGAAUGAAAAGUCACGUGAUUGUAUUAUAUAUUGCAUUUGUAGCUAGUUUAUUGACACAGCAACACUCCGCGAUAAUGUUUAUUUUAUUUGUUGUGAGCGAGGCACUCACAACCAAUAAAAUAAUAUGGUAAAAUAUAGAAUAUAGAAUAUAGAAUAUUAAAAUUGAAUUAAGAAAAGAUAUCAUAUAGCUUGCCGAAGAAGGCUCGUUUUCGCGAGGUGUCAAGUGACAUAUGCCUCGUGCGCUGCCGGCCGGUCAUCGCACUGGUCAAUGCACCAGUCACCUUAAGGAAUUUAGCGAAGCUCAGCUUAGCAACAAUCAUGUCACCGGAAAUGCAUAUUAGCGUUUUGGCAAUUGUUGCUAAGCUCGCGAAUAUUUCCCGCGCGCCGGAUAAGCCGCUGCCAAACAGCGGACCGCGGGAUCAGACAUUAGACAAUCAAGCCGAUACGUACGGCCCGUACAAUUAAAAUACAAAAGAGUUUGGGACUUAACCGCAGCGAACCUUGAGCGAGCAAAGAUACGACGCUAUCUUCGAGUCACGCCGUAUUUAAUCAACUCUGUGUAACACGACGCGGCACCUUCGUCGACCGCAAGUACAAGAACUACUGUGUAUCUUAAGAAGAAUAAACCUUUUAUUAAAUUAUCAUAAAACAAGUGAGUCAGUGACUUGAGGACCCAGUGCCAACGAAAGCCACUUUCCGCGAGUUCCUACUCCUUAGGCAGCAACGAGCCCAAAAAGAUCUUUCGUCGCACCGCAAGAUACGGCAAAAAUCAUUUGUUGCACCGCAAGGUACAACAUAUUUUUAAUAGUUUAUCUGCACAACGACGAAACUUCGCUCGCGUAUUCACGAUUUUACAACGCCUAGGAACACGUAUGCUCUGAGUCGCCGUAUGUGAAUGAUAUUAGGCGGCGACAAUGCCUAGGAGCACACGUGUUCUGAGUCGCUGUAAGUCAGCGAUGUUGCGUAUUGUGACCGUCAACGCCUGGGGGUGUAUACCCUGAGACGGCCGUUCGGCGAUCUCGUUUAAGAUCCGUAGAUCUUACGAUCGCUAUUAUUGUAAUGCGUCGCGACUCGAGAUCAUAGCGUAUCGCGUCCUGUGAUGAUUAACACACACAAGAUGCUUGCGGCGAAAGUUCCAACAACUCGUUCACUGCGUGUUCCGCGAAGAGAAGGAAAAUAUACUUACUACCCGAGGACCGAAUAAAGAGUGUCAGUUCUCUCCCAAAAAACAUGCCAUUUAUCUGACUUUUAAGGGGAUGCUGAAGUUGUCUGUUUUACCAACAAAAAGAUAGUAAUUUUUGUUUAACAAUAUCUUCUUAUUUCUUUUAUAGUUUGGAAAUCCUUCUCCAGAAUAAAAGAAUACGCAUUGCUAUCAGUCUGUGGAGUGGAAUUUCCUCCAAAAACGAGAAAAAAUUGUUAAUUUGCUGUCACAUUAUAACAAUGUUUGUUUAAUAUAAAAGAUCUACAGUUUGUACCUACGAAAUUCGUAAUCACAGACUAGUAGACGACGAGAACAAACAGUGUCGAGUUUCGAAAAUUAGAUUUUAGUGCCUAAUUGAGACGAAAUUGUGAAACGAAAA